AUGCAUCGUGUGGACAGUGCUGGUGUGCUCUCCAGGAUGACCCGCCUGGGAUGUGUGGUGAGGAGGACCUACACGGUUCCUUAUCUAAAGUACAUGGUCCAUGUUGACACCAAUCACAAGCUGAUUAGCUACAACUUUGUCAUUUUUGGGGGAAUAGACGGGUAUUCAAGGAAGAUUAUGUACCUGAAGGUAGCAGACAACAACAGGUCUGACACCCACUUGGCCUUCUUCAAUGAAGCUGUGAGGGAAUAUGGAUUUCCUCUGAGAGUGAGAGGAGAUCACGGAGGAGAAAAUGUAGGUGUGGCAGAACUGAUGUUCUCAGUUCGUGGAACUGACAUCAACAGCUUCAUUGCAGGGAAAAGCGUUCACAAUCAACGAAUUGAACGGCUCUGGCGUGAUGUGUUCAUGAGUGUCACAGGAGUUUAUUACAACAUCCUGCACUCUCUUGAGGAACAGAACCUCCUGGACAUCAGCAACAUCCAGCACAUAUUCUGCUGCGACUACGUGUUCCAGCCACGCAUCCAAGCCAGCUUGGACGUCUUCACUGAGGCAUGGGCCAACCAUCCCAUCAGGACAGAACAAAACCUGACACCCAAUCAGUUGUGGCAGGUGGGCCAGGCCCUAAAUCCUGUUACUGAUCCAGAGCGGUGCUCAUUGGAUUGA